CCGGGUGAAUCAUGGCGGCGCAGAUGGCGGUAAAUUCGGGAGCCAGUCUGUGGGGGCCGAUGAAGGAGCUUUGGGAGACGGUGGAUGGGGCUGUGUUGAAGAAACAGCCAGAGAGUGUCCACAUUCUGGACCUGCAGCUGAAGAAACACAAAACACACUUUCUGUCACUUUUUAAGAAUCCGCCAAAAAGUGCAGAACAGAGAGAGAAGGUGCGUAAAGCCAGCACAGAGGGCAUCGCCAUCCAGGGUCAACAGGGGUCCCGACUCCUCCCUGAGCAGCUUCUGACAGAAGCCUUCAUCCUCAGUGACUUAUUUGAUAUUGGAGAAUUGGCAGCCUUAGAGCUUCUGUUGGCAGGUGAGCAGCAACAACCUCAUUUUCCAGGUUUGACACGAGGACUUGUUGGUGUGUUGCUCUACUGGGAUGGAAAGCUGUGUGUGGCUAACUCUCUGCGGACACUCAUCCAGUCACGCCACGGCAAGACCUUCACCCUGGAUCUGAGUGGGGAGCUUGUGGCUUUGACGACACGUUUUACAGAUGAACUAAUGAGCCAGGGUCUGACCAAACGCAUCCUAGCCUUGGUUUCUGAGAUCAGUGUGGCGCGUGAAUUUGAACGGCUGCAGAAGGAGCGCGGCCUGGGCAAUGAAAAACACAGGAAAGAGGUUUCGGAACUCAUAGGUGAUUGCAGACAGGCACUGGCUGACAGCCUGUUUUCAUGGACCUGCCAAUCACCCUUGAGUAAAGAUGACACUCUGGCUCUGAUUGGUCACCUGGAGACAGCGAACGUUCAAGCCGACGGCUCAUUGGAUCAUGUGAACCAGGCUCUGGUCAUGGCUCUGCUCUACUGCCUGGAUGUCAGCUUUGUAGAGCAGGGGACUGAAGAUCGAGAAGAUCUGCUCCAGGCUCUGCCACUGCUGACGGAGAGGCAGUAUGUAGCUGCAGUGCACAAUCGUCUGAUGGAUGGCCAGCCGUGGAAGGUUCCAGGCCUGCAGGCUGUGUGUCGUCUGGCCUGGGCUCUGUCCCUGAGGGUCCUCUCCCAGCUACCACAGGGAUCUGCCCUGGUUGAGUUCACUGAGGCUGAUGAGACUCUUACUGACCAGGCUCUUCUGGGAAAUGUCUUCCUGUUUAUGAGGGAGGGCUUGCUUGGAUGUGAGAGUUUUGCACAGGAAGAGUUUUACAUCCGCCGCCUCCAUUCAAUCAUCACAGACUUCCUGGCACUCAUGCCUAUGAAGGUGAAGCAGCUUCGUAACCGUGCUGAUGAGGACGCCCGCCUGGUGCACAUGUCUCAACAGAUGGACAGCGAGCUUCCGUCAUCUAUGCGCAAGGACUUGGACCACCUCAUGUUCCUUAUCGGGGAGUUUUACAAUAAGGACUCCUUUGGGCUGGAGCUGGGCCUUGAGUUCUGGUCUCCCACAGAGUCUCUCCAACAAACCUCAUUGCAGGGAUCUUACCUGGGAAUGGCCCUUCAAAGGCCUCCACAUAAACAGGUGGUUCUGUCCAAGUUUGUCCGUCAGAUGGGAGACCUUCUGCCCUCCACCCUUUAUAUCUCCUAUCUCCGUAUGCUUAAAGGCCUCGCCAAUGGUCCUCAGUGCGCACACUACUGCUUCAGCCUACUGAAAACUAACGGAGCCACACACAGUGACAACAUUCAAGGAGUUUCUGGCAGCCCAGUGUCUUGGGAACAUUUCUUUCACUCCCUCAUGCUCUACCAUGAGAACCUGCGGCGAGACAUUCCAAAUCCAGAUGCUUCACAGUACCGCCAUCCGCCACUGAGGGGCAUCACCCAAAGGGAGCUGGAGGGGCUCACUUCAUUUUUGGAGCUACUCACCACCAUCAUUACAUGGAGUGAAAAUGCUCGCCUGGCAUUGUGUGAACAUCCUCAGUGGACUCCAGUUGUUGUGAUGCUUGGGCUGCUUCAGUGCAGCAUUCCACCCGUCCUGAAGGCCGAGGUCCUGAACUGCCUCGCCGCCUUCGGGAAGUCACCGGAGAUCGCUGCUUCCCUCUGGCAGUCACUGGAGUACACACAGAUCCUCCAGACUGUUCGAGCCCCAGGACAGAGGCAGGCGGCUGGAAUUGAGGUGGAGCUGAAUGAGAUCGAGUCGAGCUGCGAGGAGUACCCUCUGACACAAGCCUUCUGUCAUCUGAUCAGCACACUAGUCGAGUGCAGCCUUCCUGUUAAUCUGGGUGCCGGGCUACGAGUCCCAGGCUUCCAGCCCUACCUGAACUUUUUGCGGGACUCUGUGUUCCUCCCCUUCCCCACCAGAGCAUAUCGUCGUCCAGCUGAGAAGUGGGAGGUGGCAGACUCUGUUCUGGAGGUGUUCCACAAGCUGCUGCAGGACUACGAGCCCCAGCCGUCAGACUUUGUCCAGGAGAUAGUGGAGCUGCAGGGUGAGCAGCUCCCAGCCCACAAGCCCCCUGGCCACAGCAUCAUGUUCCAUCUGCUCAACGACUCGCCCACGCUGGCACUCUGCCUCAGCCUGCUGGAGGAGGGUGUACGUCAGCUGGACACUUAUGCACCUUUCCCUGGUAAAAAACACCUGGAGUCAGCGGUUCUGCACUGCCUGUGCUUGUUGGACCUGGCUCUGCAGAAGGAAGUGGUGUUUAUGGAUCUCCUCAGGGAGAGCCAGUCCUCCCUGUUGGUUUCUCCCAUGGAGCAGCUCCUCCAGGGUGUCAGUCCUCAAACCCGACGGGCCGAUCACAUUGUCAGUAUUGCCAGGUUCCUGUACCACGGCAGCACCAACCCAGAGGCUGCGUUCCAAAGUGCCAAGAUCCUGCGUCGCAUCGCCAGCUACCCAAACAUCCAGAACAGGCUGGUUGGAGAUUUCACACAUGACCAGACAGUGAGUGACAAACUGAUGGCAGGCUUUGUGGAGUGUCUGGACAAUGAAGAGGCAGAAGAAGGAACAGAGAAUGGAGAUGACUCAGACCAACAAAAUAAGAUGGCAAGAAUCCGACAUGAAACCCAGAUCCAUAUCCUGAACCUACUCAUCAACUCCUUGGAGCUCAAGACACCAAACCUGUCUCUUUACCUGUUGGGCUACGAAGUCAAGAAGCCUGUCUCCUCCACCAACCUCCAGGACCCAGGUGUGUUGGGAUGUCCACGGAGCUGCCUGCAUGCCAUCCUGAGUCUGCUGCAGAGAGGAACUGAGAAGAGAUCCGGACCUGUGAUCACACAGCAGGCCCCGCACCUGGCCGAGCUCUGUUACCAGGUGAUCUACCAGCUGUGUGCCUGCCCCGACACAUCGGGACCAACCAUGCGCUAUUUGAGGACCAGCCAGGACUUCCUGUUCUCUCACCUGCAGCACAUGCCCUUCAUCCUCCCCGGUAACCAGAUCGCUGCCCUCUCCCAGAUGUCUUGGCUCAUGAAAACAGCUGCGAUCGAGCUGAGAGUGACGUCUCUGAACCGCCAGCGCUCACACACGCAACGGCUCGUCAGCCUCCUGCUGGACGACCAGCCACACACCCAGCACACAGCUGAUGGAGAGUUCGGGAUGGAGGAAGAGACCAGAUCAGUCAGCGGCUUCCUACAUUUCGACACAGUUUCUAAAGUGCGCAGGAAGUUGCUGAGUGUGCUGGACGCCAUCGAUUUCAGUCAGGACAUGCCCGAGCUCCUGCAGCUGGACUUCUUUGAACGCACUCAGAUCGAACAGGUGAUCGCCAACUGUGAGCACGUCAACGAGCAAGGACACACUGUGUGCAACGUCAAGUUGCUUCACAGAGUUCUGGUUGCUGAGGUGAAUGCCCUGCAGGGAAUGGCAGCCAUCGGACAGAGGCCCCUGUUACUGGAGGAGGUGAACUCCAUCCUGCAGCAGGUGGUGGAACGUAACCGCGUCCGUCGCAGUCUCAGUGCAAAGCGACAUGCGCUGCGGUCCUGGAGGAGCCUGGUGGAGGUGCUGCUGACCGCCUGCCCUGCUGACCUCAUACCUGCUGAUGACCGCCAGCUCAUUAUCAGAGACCUUUUGCUGGACCUGCAUGAUAAGGUGUUAUCUGAGGACGCAGCAGGAGAACUGAUGCCCAUUGUUGCCGGGGCAGUCUUCACUCUGACUGCCCACCUCAGCCAAUCAGUGCUGUCUGAGCAGCAGCAGGGGGAGGGAUUAGAAGCAUCCUCAGGCUUUGCCUCCAUUGCUAACUCUGCCCUGCAUCUAGUCCUCCGCAAGCUGCUGGACUUCAUCCUCUGUACUGGAGGCGGAUACCAGCGUCUGCGUGCUCACCUGUAUGGCUCUCUGCUGUACUACCUGCAAAUCGCCCAGAAACCUGAGGAACCCGACACUCUACAGACAGCUGGGAAGGCGAUGUGGGAACGACUCACAGCCCCCGAAGACGGUUUCACCAAACUCCAGAGAGAGAACCUCGCUAUCAUCGAGAGUUAUGGCAAAUCCCUCAUGGAGGUUGUGUGCAGGGACGCCUGUGACGGCCAUGAAAUCAGUCGGAUGCUGGCCCUGGCCGUGCUGGACCGGAUCCUGUCAAUAGAUCGACAGAAUCAGUGGCUGGUUUACGUCUGCAACAGUGGCUACCUGCGGUCGCUAGUGGAGAGCCUGAGACGAGAUGAUGCCGCCCUGCAGACCCUGCUCACACCUCAGCCACCACUCCUCAAACCACUCUACAUCUAUGAGAGCAAGAUGGCUCUGAUGACUCGUGUGGCGAAGACAGGUCAGGGAGCCGUGGAGCUGCUGCGCUGUGGACUAGUGGUGCAGCUGAUGGAGUGUCAGGUGUUUGACAUGGUACCUGACAGUGAUGCUCACAGGGGGAUGAGGGACACGUCAGGAUUCAUCCCCAGUCCUAUGGAUCGUUAUAGGCAGAUUCUCUUACCCACCUUGAGACUGUUCCAGGUGAUCCUGACCUCUACCAGCGUGAAUCACCAGCAGGGGGCAGCACAGGUUCUCCAGUGGCUCAUAGUCCACGCAGACACCAUUCAGUCCUUGUUACGCUGUCAUGAGCUCAGCAUGGGAUCUUUGCAGGAGCUCUCUUUGCUCACAGGCAUCAUCAGUAAAACCGCUCUGCCAGGUGCCCUGGAGUCGGGUGGGGAGGUCAACAGUGCAGCUCUUAUGGAGUUCCAGGGUCACAUAAACAGAUUCCAGCGUCUGUGUCUGUCUCUGCUCGGCUACCUGGUGGGGAGCGAGCGGGAGAGGUUGCUGAAGCAGGCUGAGAUCGCUGUGCCGAGAGAGGCCGCAGAACGACGAGAGGAGAUGGAGGUGGCCAUGCAACAGGUGUGUGCCAACAUCAUGGAGUACUGCCAGACGCUGCUGCUGCAGAGCUCCACCCAGGCUCAGUUCAGCAUCUGCCUGUUCAGCCCGUCGGGCAGCGAGCCAGCUGGCAGGGACGGAGGACGCACAGAUCUUUCAUCCACUCUGCCGUCGAUGGCCUACUCCCGAGCUCCCAGUCUGGGUCUGGUCCUUUACCUGCUGAAGAACAGUGCUGCCGAUUUCUUCAGGUUCCACCAGAGCCACAGACAGAGCCUGAGCAAACUGCAGAGUCUGGAUCAGCUGCCUCCCGAGGAGCUCAAGGAGUUGUGCCAGGGUCUGGUGUCAGGACCCGGAGGUGUAGAGAAAAUCUCAUCAGUGCAGAGGAGCUUGUUGGCCAAGAGGCGACUGGUCCAGCUCGUCAACAACCGAGCCAAGCUGCUGGCCCUGUGCUCCUACGUUAUAGAGACGUGUCUGUUUGUGUUGUGGCGCCACCUGGAGUACUACCUGCUGCACUGCACCCCCACUGACCCCAAGGACUCCCUGAUGCCUGGAGCCAGUUUGUACAGAUCGCGCCUCACAGACGACUCAUUUGGCGGGUUGCAGCCAAGUGGAAGCCGCGCACUCAGUCUGUCCCGAGUCAGCCAGCAAGACCUCGAUCUGCUGAAGAGCGACAUGGUUGCAGGUUUUGGAGAAGCUCUGCAGAGGAAGCUGCUGGAGGUGGAGGGCCUGUACAGCCAGGUCCGCUCCCGAUACACCUUCAUCCAGGCCCUGGUUCGCCGGAUCCGGGGUCUGCUCCGACAGCCCAAGAGCUGAGACACACACACACUAACACAGAGACUGGCCAAGACUUCAAAUUCCCCCUCAUUCAAUGAAAACCUCUGCCAAGCAUAGAAGACGAGCAACUACAGGAAAAACCCCAAGGACUGAGACUGUUCUUCUAUCAAUUCCCCUUUUCUUGCAACAUCAUUUUUACCGACCUGUCCAAGCUCCCUCUCCGGAGUAUUAUGGGAUGUCACUAUCAUCACAACACGUGCUACAUUCUGUGUGAUCAAUCUUACGUAUGUUUGACUAACGUUGUGCAAGAGUUGAGAAAUCGAAUUGCAGAGCAAACUUAAUAAGGAAGUUUUACUCGUUUAAGGAAGUAUUUGAUAUGGUUUUGUUUGAUUUGAUCUUUUUUUUCCUUUUGUGAAAAUAAACAUUUUCUAUGUCUGUUAAA